GGAGAGGGCUGGGAAUAUGGAGAUACAAAGUACCUGUCUGAGUAUGCAGUUUCUCUGAAGAAGGAUGUAUCUGCUGGUCCUCAUUCACAUCUUGCAGUCCUCUCUGUCGGCGGUCCAAUCCUGUCCAGCGUUAUGUGUCUGCUCGUAUGGGAACAGUGGAAUAACAGAGCUCAGGUUGGUGCAGUGCAGUGACCCUGGAAUCUCAGCUGUUCCUAUUAAUGUCCCAGCUGAUACAGUAAAACUGCGUUUAGAGAAGACCUUGAUCUCCAGGGUGCCCCGGGCAGCCUUCUACAACCUGUCAGAGCUGCGUUUUUUGUGGCUGACCUACAACUCCAUCACAUCCAUCCAUCCCAGCAGCUUUGUUAACCUAAAGGCCCUGCGAGAGUUGCGUCUGGAUGGAAACCUCCUGACAUCUUUCCCCUGGGAGGGGCUCAGAGACAUGCCCCGCCUCCAGACUCUGGGUCUCCACAACAACCGUCUGUCCAGUCUUCCUGCUCAUGCUUCUCUCUUUCUUCCCAACAUCACCUACCUCGACCUAUCCAGCAACAGGCUGACUAUAUUACCUGUUGAGCUGCUGGACCUGUGGUUUCCACUCCCAGGACAGCAGGGAGGACUAGUACAAAGAAGAGUUUUGGGUCUUCAUGACAACCCCUGGUUGUGUGACUGUCAGAUCUCCAUGGUGAUGUCCUUGUCCAUGUCCCUGGGGAGUCCUGUAGUUCUCAUGGACCAGCUCCUGAUAUGCCGCAGGUCUCUGGGCCAGUCAGCGAUGAUGGUGACCCAGGCUGGGAUGUCCCGCUGUAUGAGGCCUUCAGUCCAGCCUGCAGCCACCAGAGUCAUCUCUCCACUGGGCAGCAAUGUAAUCCUCCGCUGUGACGCCACCGGCUACCCAACACCAACCCUGACUUGGAUCAAAACCUCGGCCUACACUGGUUGUUGCCAACAAGACAUCCUUGAGAAUUCUGACCAGCUACCCAGGAACUUGGAGAGCUUUAUGCAGGAAUCUCCUCGAGUGGGGGUUCGCUGGUCGAUAAUCAGCCUGAACGGGUUAUCGUACAAGGAUGCUGGUGAAUAUCGGUGCCAGGCACGGAACAUGGCCGGAAUAUCUGAAGCCCCAAUUAAACUGAAGGUGGUGGGAGUCACAAGACUGUCCCGUCUUCCAAAAAAGAAGCCCCAGAAGACUCCACCCAAAUCACCAUCAAAAUACAGAAAGCCUAACCAGACUGCAGCUCCUACCAACACCCCCUCAAUGAAGGAGAAUCGGAUACUCCAAAACAUUACACCUUCUAUUAACAAGACCCAGAUGGCUCCUAAUCUUUUGCCCAAAGUGUUCCCCAUAGACAAGUACAUUAAGAGACGCAAAAUGAACUUAACAGAUGCAAAGACAUCUAUCAAGUCUACAUCUGAGCCUCCAAAAAACUCUACAACUGCUCUAUUCUCAGAAACCCUUGUAUGAGAUACACUGAAGUUGGUCUGGG